AUUCAAAGCGCAAUCGAAGUAGGGGAAAACGGUUUCAUUUUUUCCUUCAUUUGAUGGCAAAUUUGCUUUUACUGUCAAUGCGUUGAACAAAAUUUCUGGUUACCAUUAUGAGCUUCCCCUUUCGUUUUGUGAACUUUGUGCUGCAGUUGCUAACGGCGGUCCUGGAGGUUGUGGCCCUGGGUCUGCUCAUCCGGAUCCUAUCCACGCACUGCGUCCUGGGCGAAGAGUACGGCAUAUCGGUGUGGAUGUACACCUUCAUCCUGCCCGCCAUCGCCUGUCAGAGCGUGGUGCUCGUCAUAUUCCGGCUGUGCUGCACCACCGUGGGCCUCGAUCCAAUUGCGAUGACGUUUAAUUUCGCCAGCGGCUUCCUGUGCCUAGGAAGCGCACUUACCCUCCUGGUGUCCAUGGUCGAUCACUGCGGCAACGAGUUCGCAUUCAUAUUCUAUAUGUCGAGCGCCUUUGGCGUAAUCGCUGGGGUCCUGCAUUUGCUGAAUGCCUGCGUGUGCAACGUUUACAUUCCCAGCGGCGAAUGGUCUUAUAUGAAACCUUCGAAGAGGGCAAGGAAAAAUGAGCUGAAAAAUCCUAGACGCAGAAGCUAGUGAUGCUUGCUGGAUGUUUGUGCAUAUCUUGAGGAUAUAAUUUAUUGGUUGUAUUACUGCUUUUUUUUUACUUAGCUAUCCUAUAUUAAAUUUAU